UAGCGCUAUUCUGAUUGCUUCACAACAAAGUCAAAACGCCACGCUCAUAGAAAUUAUGGGUCUUUUGCACGUCCCCCCCAGUGGUAGUAGGACUCAAAGGUUUUACUACCUUUUGCUCUUUCAUGUGCACCCGUUCUGGAUCCAUCUCUCGUACUUCCUCUUCGUCUCCCUCUUCGGUUUCUUGAUGCUAAAAGCCCUGCCCAUGAAAACCAGCGCGGUCCCAACGCCCUCGGGCCUGGACCUGAUCUUCACGUCUGUGUCUGCGACGACAGUGUCGAGCAUGGUCGCCGUCGAGAUGGAGUCCUUCUCCAACUCCCAGCUCCUUCUCAUGACCCUACUGAUGCUCCUCGGCGGCGAGGUGUUCACGAGCAUGCUUGGCCUCCACUUCACCUACACCAAGCUCAAGAAGAGAGAACAAUCUCAUGGUCUCGAUGGCAAUGGGCCACCGGCGACUAGCUUAGAGCUCAGUCCCAUGGGAGCCCCAGUGGCUGCCGUCACAAUAGAUCAAAUGGAGAUAGCAGGGUUCAAGAACCAACGUGAUCUCCCAUCCGUCGCUAGGAUUCUAAUGUUCAUCGUGUUGGUCUACGUCGUGGUGGUGCACCUCGCCGGCUACACGCUCAUGCUAGUCUACCUUUACGCCGUCGCCGGCGCAAGGGAGGUGCUCAUUGGCAAGAAGAUCAACCCGAGCACCUUCUCCAUCUUCAUCGUCGUCUCGACGUUCGCGAACUGCGGCUUUGUGCCAACGAACGAGGGGAUGGUGUCCUUCAAGUCCUUCCCGGGCAUGCUUCUCCUCGUCAUGCCGCACGUCCUCCUCGGGAACACGCUCUUCCCCGUCUUCCUCAGGCUCUCCAUUAGAGCGCUCGAGAGGGUCACAAGGAGGCGAGAAUUCGGCGAGCUGCUGGUGAGCGGAGGACCUGGUGGCGGACCAGCCGCCGCUGCUUCCGCCAUUGGGUACGACCACCUGCUGCCGGGCGCGCGCACGUGGUUCCUGGCGCUCACGGUGGCGGCGCUCCUGGCGGUGCAGCUGGUGGUCUUCUGCGCCAUGGAGUGGGCCUCCGACGGGCUGCGGGGGCUCAGCGCGUUCCAGAAGCUCGUGGCGGCGUUGUUCAUGUCGGUUAACUCGCGGCACUCCGGCGAGAUGGUCGUCGACCUCGCCGCCGUGUCGUCCGCCGUCGUCGUGCUCUAUGUGGUUAUGAUGUAUCUACCCCCUUACACCACAUUUUUGCCGGUGGCGAUGGAAGAUCACCACGACGAGAAAAGCAAGACCACCAGCAGCAAAAGCGUGUGGCAGAAGAAGCUGCUCAUGUCACCGCUCUCGUGCCUCGCCAUCUUCAUCGUCGUCAUCUGCAUCACCGAGCGGCGGCAGAUCGCCGACGACCCAAUCAACUUCAGCGUCCUCAACAUCGUCGUCGAGGUCAUCAGUGCCUAUGGCAACGUGGGGUUCAGCACGGGGUACAGCUGCGGUAGGCAAGUAAAGCCCAACGGCAGCUGCAGGGACGCGUGCAUCGGCUUGUCCGGCAAGUGCAGGGAAGGGAAGCUCGCGCUCAUGGCCGUCAUGCUCUACGGCAGGCUCAAGAAGUUCAGCAUGCAUGGGGGUCAGGCAUGGAAGCUGGGCUAACGGUUUUAAAAUUCUAUCGCAUAGCUAUAGAUCUUUUUUUUUCUGCGGGUAGCAAAGCUAUAGAUCUACUGCCGGAUUCAAAGAGUAGUACUUGAACUACGAUGGAAUCAUGUGAAUAAUGUAUCUGCAAGGAAGUCGGUCUCUGUAACAUAUGAAAAAUGGCUGCUUGUCUUUACCUUCAAA